AUUAGUCCACAAAUGCAAAAUAGCCCAAAGUAUUCAUAUUCAAUAUUAUAUUCCUGUAAUUAAAAAUACACUGACACUACUAAAAGGAGUUUAAGGUACAAUUCACAAAUAAAUUAAAAACUCCAUCUAAUACUUAAAAAGGAACUGCCAGCAAAAAAAUUUAAAUGCAUAAAUCCAUUAACUAUAGAGAGUAAAUUUAGACCUGCAAUAACUAAAUAGGUAAUUUAUAGGUUUUAUAAAUCCUGCAUUUAAAGAUAGAAAAAGGUUAUCAUAAGUGGGAAAUUAAAGAAGAAUGCAUCAAUCAUUCUACACAAUGUCAUCAUAUGUUCAAUAGUCCCAUCUUUUUUAUUUUAUACAUAUAUGUAAUAGAUCCAAUAGCAAAUAUCUAAAUUAGUUAAUAUAAAGAAUGCUAUUUUAAAAGAUCUCCAUCCAUUUUCAAAGGAACUAUCUAAAUAAGGCAAUUCAUCAAGCCAUUCAUCAUUUAAAAAAUAAAUGAGUAAGCCUUUUAAUAAUUAUACAAAUAAAAAUAAGCCCUAAUGCUAAUAAUUUAAAAAUACCCCUAAAAUUUCAGGAUGAUACAGAUCUUAAUCCAAAAUUAUUAAUUUAAGUGAAAAUAAUAAUACAGUAGAAAAUACAGAAUAAUAAACUAAAAGCAAAUAUGUGGGAGUGAAGUAUUUUUAAAUAAAUCUAUCAAGU